CCCGGAACGUAUCUUCUUUGCUCCGUCUUGGGCACUUUCUUAUCCAGCGGAGACACUCGGCUGGAGUGGAGGGGCUGCCUCCUUUCAAGGACAUAUCUGGUGAAGCACAAGUAACAAUAAACAGAAGCAUUAUUGUUAAGUACACGGGCAGCAUUGAAACGCUACAUUAAAAUACACUGCUGGUAACACUCCUAUCACUUUCCUGCUGACCCUUGACAAGCACACAUGCCGGUGAACACUACAAGCAUGGUGAGUGUUCUCAGGGGCGGGGGACGUUGUGCGUGGGAGAAAAGCAGUGUGAAAGGGGUCGCGGGGCACUUCUCAGGGAACAACACUCUAAAGUUUCCCACGUUUUUCCACAGAUGGGGGACAUUGUGGCAGAUAUCUCUCUCCUGAGGGUAAACAAGGAAGCAAAGGUGUUUGUCCUACGACCUUCACCCAAGACCCUGGGCACAUACAGGAAAUCAGGGGAACGUAUGGUACAUGCAGGACAUGAUGUUCUGCCUCAACAUUGGACACCUUCUCCCCUACUCCAUGUCAGAUUCCAACUCAAGCGAUUUCACCAACCCCUCCACCUUCAUCCUGCUGGGUAUUCCUGGCCUGGAGGCAGCCCAUAUCUGGAUCUCCGUCCCCUUCUGCACCAUGUACGCCAUAGCCAUCUUGGGGAACUUCACCAUCCUGUUCAUCGUAAAGACGGAGUCGAGCCUCCAUGUGCCCAUGUACUAUUUCCUCUGCAUGCUGGCCAUCACCGACCUGGUCCUGUCUACAUCCAUUGUGCCCAAAAUGCUGAGCAUCUUCUGGUUCUACUCCAGGGAGAUCAAUUUCAGUGCCUGCCUCACCCAGAUGUACUUCAUUCUCAGCUUCUCUGCAAUGCAGUCUGGGAUCCUCGUGGCCAUGGCUUUUGAUCGCUACGUGGCCAUCUGCGAUCCCCUGAGACAUUCCACCAUCCUGACAAACCCCAUGGUGGCCAAAAUUGGCCUGGCUCUGGUGCUGCGUGGCAUCAUGCUCAUACUGCCCUAUCCCUUCCUGGCGAGGAGGUGGCCAUAUUGCAGAACCAACAUCAUUCCCCACACAUACUGCGAGCACAUAGCUGUGGUGAAGCUGGCCUGCGCUGACAUCAGCCUCAGUAGUUACUACAGCCUCUCUGUGGCAUUCUUGGUGAUCAGUCUGGAUGUGUUUUUUAUCACCAUGUCCUAUAUCCAGAUCCUCAGGGCCAUCUUCAGCCUCCCAACAAAGGACGCCCGGCUCAAGACUUUUGGGACCUGCGGCUCCCACCUCUGUGUCAUCUUAGCCUCUUACAUCCCACAUCUCUUCGCCACCCUCACACAACGAUUUGAGCAAAACAUGGCCCUGCAUUUGCGCGUUCUCAUUGCCAAUGUGUACCUCCUGGUGCCCCCCAUCUUAAACCCCAUCAUCUAUGGAGUGAGGACCCAACAGAUUCAGGAUAGGCUGCUCCAGCUCUUUACUCAUAAAUGGACCUAAAGUUUUCUCUUGGUUCUCUGGAUCUCAGACUGAGCUCCAUGCAGAGCUGGCUGGUGACAUGGCUCUGGGCCCUCUUCCCUGAAUCACUGACUGGCCAGUCAAAGAGACAUUAAAUCCUUUCCUGACCUUACUGUGCUGUGUCAGCGUGACAAACUGGGGAAUCUGCCUAUGUACAACU